UGAACGCACAGCAAAGAAAUUGAGUUGUGAAACUCUCACAAAUCCCGUUGGAAUCAAUAAAUCUCUUCGUACGAAUGUUUCCGGUUUGCGGUGACGUCGAAGAAGAAUCGAAAGAGGAAAAGAAGGAACAACAAUGAAGGAAGAAACUGAAAGAGAUACGGUAGUAGUUGUAAGAUUUUCUCCCAAGACGCAACCAGGAUUCUCAUUACGUAUGGAAGAGCGUGGAUCUCGAUUGAAAUUGAGACAAAUCGCUUCGUGGGCCGUCAAGAUUGGCCCCCUUUGGGGCUGGAUGUUUUCUUAGUAGGAUACGGAUUCAUUUCAAAUGAAAUCGGCAUUGUCGAGGCAACGGGAAGAAAAAUAACAGUUUAGUCCAGGGAAAGACAAUGGGGAUGAAAAAGGAAAAGAAAAGAACACGUAGGGGUAGCUUGCACCCCUAUAAAACCAGGAGCUGAGAACGUAUCAACAUCAUUCGCCGACAACUUCCCGUGAUAACGUGUACUUGAACGAAGCGAUGAUCGGUUUCGCCGUAUUCUCGUCUUUCAAUCGUUUUACGACCAUUUUUGUCUGCGUACUGCUCUGCGUGGUCUACUUGCUGUCAUAUGCUUCUGGGGAAUACGAUGGUAGAGAUUCACCAAGUAGCUCGAAUAAUGACAGAGCACCAAGUAACGAGUUUGGUUCGUGCACCGACGGCAAGUGUAUCAAACGUACUUCGCAGGAUAUCACUAGUGGUAUGUGGUUUGGCCCCCGACUUGGACGAAGACGCAGAGCGGAUCGAAAACCAGAGAUUAAUUCUGAUAUUGAGGCGCUCGCCAACGCAUUUGAAGAACCACAUUGGGCCAUUGUCACGAUUCCAGAAACAGAGAAACGACAGAUAACACGAUUCACACCUCGUUUGGGAAGAGAAUCGGGUGAGGAAUAUUUUUCAUAUGGAUUUCCAAAGGAUCAGGAAGAAUCAUACACAGAGGAACAGAUAUUUCUACCUUUGUUUGCAUCACGUCUAGGACGUCGAGUACCUUGGACACCAUCUCCCAGACUUGGACGUCAGUUGCACAAUAUUGUUGAUAAACCAUAUGUGUUAUUCUUGUCCGCUCUGAUAGUAAAUGGUUACUUGAGCAAGAAGAGACAGAAAGUUAACUUGUAUCUGCUGCCUGUGUUUCCAAGCUUUAUGGUUACGACCGCAGUCUAUGCCGCCACAUGGCCCAUGAUAGUUCCGGUCGAAGAGUUACACGCGUAGUUACGCUUUUCCUUUUGACUCCUUCCAUGUUUCCUU